AUGUAUUUUGAUUUUUCAGCACUGGAUUCAGAUGGCACCUGUAGCAGUGAUAGUGACUGUCCGCUCUCAUUUUAUCAUUGCUGUUCCGGAAAUAUCUGGUGUUGUCCUUCCGGGUACAUUUGUACCGGAACUGCAACCUGUAUUAGUAUCGGAGCUAUCGUUGGUCCUAUCGUCGGAUUGAUCGCUAUCAUCGUCUAUGUCGUCGUUUGCUGCAUCUGCUACAAAAAGAGACAACAGACACCGGGUGUUGUUUACAAUCCUCAAACAACUCAACCUGGCUACGGACAACCACAGGCUUAUGGACAACCACAAACAUACGGACAACCACAACCAUAUGGACAACCGCAGGCGUACGGACAACCAUGCACCGGCAAAAGCUUAAAUAUUAGACUAACACGCUUACCACUACCACAACAAAUAGACGAAUAG